AUAGAGACUUGGCAAUUUCUACUGUUGGAACAUGUAACAUAAUCGUUGAUUUAGGAGGUGGAACAGCGGAUAUAACAGUUCACAAACAGACAUCAAAUGAUACUCUUGUAGAAAUACAUAAACCAACUGGAGGGCCAUGGGGCGGGGUAGAAGUAGACAAAAAAUUCAUUGAAUUGAUGAAAAGUUUCUUUGGUUCAUCUCAUUGGAAAGAGUUCGAAGAAAACGAGUUAGAAGAUGUGUUGUCCUUGAAAAGAGACUUUGAAACACAAAAAAGAAUUAUCAAGUUAGACACUUGCAAUAAUAUUGUCAUUAAAAUCCCAAGAAGUCUUGAAGACAACUACGAACCAAAAAGCGAUACUUCUGACAACUUGUUCGGUAACAAAAUUGUACUGAAUAGAGGCAAGUUACGAAUUGAUGUUUCACUUUUGAAGAAAUGUUUUGCAGAUCCGGUAGGUAAGGUCAUUGGCAAUGUGAAGAAAAUUUUACCAAAGAAAUCUACGAGAAACGUCAGCAGAAUAAUACUGGUAGGUGGUUUUUCUGAAAGCCUUUACGUACAAGGUAUCUUCGAGGCACAUUUUGCAGACAAAUUAAUUUUCAUCCCUCCGGAAUGUGGUCUUGCUGUCUUGAAAGGAGCUGUUCUUUUCGGGCAAAAUCCAUCGAUAGUUACUGCGCGAAUCGCACGUUUUACAUACGGUCUUGAAAUUGCUGUUCCAUUUGAUCCUAAAAUACACCCAUCGGACAAACGAAGGAAUUCACAUGCUGGACCAGUUUGCAUCGAUUCAUUUUGGAAGGCAGUUGAGAAAGGAGAAGUGAUAAAGGAUGGACAUGAAGUGUCAAGAGUGGGGAAGGCAGCAUUUAAUAAUCAAUGUCGAGGUGAAUUGAAAAUUUUUAAAUCGAAAAGUCGUAACCCAAUGUUCACUACAGAUCAUGGUUGUGAAUGUAUUGGAAUAUUUGUAAUUCCGAUGAAUCGUAGAUUAAAAGCUGAGGACAGCAAUGUGUCUGAAGUUUUCAUAUUUGGUAGCACAGAAUUGAGAGUAAGGGCAAAACAAAGAACUUUUAGGGAUACACACGAAAUAUACAUUCACAUGUAACUGUUCAUAUAACACUAUGACGGUAUGCCUCAUGUAUAAACAUGUUUAUUAAGUACUAGGUCAAUAGUCGAACAGUUGAAUUGGUCAAGCAAAUUCACAUAUUUUAUACCUAUAGGUUAUUUGUGACUUAUUGUGGACGGGAGGGUUGGUCUCUGUCCGCCUUCUGCACAACUGGUAACCGAGAAUCAACCUCGUCAGCGUAUUUUUGCACAAAAGUCCGGUCAGUUCUAAAUAUGGGAUAUGUUAUAGAUUUGGCCGGGGAUUGAGCUCACGAAUUGUACGUUAACCGGUUAAGUUGAUGUUUUGAUUGGCCAACAAUAGGAUGCAUGAUCAAUUAACCCCUUUGACUUGCAUAAUUUACUGACCACUAUAAAACACGAACGCCUCCCAUGUGCGCACUCCACUAUUGCCAAUUUAGCGCCAGGGCGACUUUGAUAUUAUUUGACUUAUUCCUUUAAGCUACGAACUUUUCUGAUUCAAAUUUUACUUAAAGGAGAGCUAUUUUGUAUUAUAUCCAUUUAUUUGUAAUCGUGGAAUUAGGGAACUUUAUUUAACCAAGAAUUAAAACUAUUUUUAACUGAUUUGAAUAAGUGUCUCUAUCGAACUUGAGCUGGUGUAACAAAUUACACUAGACAAAACGCGAAUAACAAUACGUGUCGUGCUAUCUAAUAAAAAAAUAUGAUAAUCAAGAACAACAAGGAAAGGCGGCAUUCAAUGAACGCAACCCCCACCCGACCAAGUAACAAGAGCCAGUGGCAAGGAGCCAAGGAGGACCCCAAACAGAAACAGGACAGGGUACAAGACAGAGCAUGGGCAGGCUAACCACUAUAAUCAUACAUAAGAAUAAAUAAUUAGUAACUGACAUUUGCUAAUGUAUUUUCAUAUCCGUGCUAGAGAAUUUGUCUGCUCAUCUGUUACAUUAUGACGGUUAAAAUUGAAUUGUCUUUCAAAAUUUCACUAAGAAUCUUUCUGUUAUUAUAUUUGUGUGAUAUUCAAAAACCGUUUUCCUCCUCGAACAGUGAUGGAGCCUUUAUACGAAGAUAACACCUUAAGCAGGAAACACGUCGUUUAUUUUUUAUCAUUGUUUGAAGUUGUACAUUUAAAUUCAUAGUACAUGUAGUAUUACUGUUUAAAAUUGUAUCGUUAUUAUUUUUUAUCAUUAUUUGUUUGUCUGAUUUUAUAUCGGCCCAUUGGUAGUUAAUGGAUAUUUUAUCAUAUAUUAAAAAAAAUCUAAAUUUGUAUAUACAAUGUUAUAUCUUCCUUUUGUGGUAUCUU